CGCAGGUAUCAUGUGAAGAAACGCGUAAUGUUGAACAUGGUACGCCUCUUGCCAUUGACUUGAGCGCACGGUCACUGGCAUCGACGAUCCCGCCGCCAUGGCUCAGAGUAAAGACAGUCAACUCGCCUUGCUAACUCCACCAGAGUCCCAUGCUUUCCAUUCGUUCCUUUCGUCUCUGGACAAGUUAGAUGCAUUCACCCCAGAAUGGUCAAUAUUUGCCAAUCCCGACACGACGUCAAACACAACAUACCAGAGAGAAGAUCUGUCUCGAGCGACGAGAAACUUGAUGUCUCUUGAUCGUAGCGCCAGUGUGCCAUCGUAUCCAUAUAAUAUCAACUCAGACCAGAUACAAGAAGCGAAUAGUCACUCAUAUACGAUCACUCCCGUUCACGAUGCACAAAGCGGACCUCCAUCUUCAUCGUCUACCUCCCACCCCAUUCAGCCUACACAGUCAUCACUCAAGCGAAUUUCUAUUGAGACAUCGGCAGCGAACGCAAAGCGACCGCGUCGCUCUUCUCCCUCGCCAACCGCCUCUUCCGCGGGCCCGCCAUCUGCCACCUUUCCAAUAACAACGCCUAUAUCAAUAGCUGAAAUAAUGCCCAUCCAGCCAUCUCCACAGGAGGCAAGGCCCUCCUCUGGCGGGUCAUCUAAGCCGACCCUUCUUUCGACCUCUCAGAAGAAGGCCAAUCACAUUCAAUCGGAACAAAAGCGCCGAGCUAACAUUCGACGAGGAUACGAGGCAUUGUGCGAAAUUGUUCCUGCGUUAAGGGAAGCCAUAGUCGCAGAAGAAGAGGCAGAAAGGCAGAGUAGCGAAGAUGCUGCUGGCGACAAAAGCGCUGCUGCUGUAGCCAAGAAGCGGGCCAAGGGCAAGGCUGCUGCCGCUGCCGCGUUCGGGCUUGAGGAUGGUGACAAAAUGGAUGGAAGGGCAGGACCAAGAAGCGAAGCCGUAGUCUUGCAGAAAACAAUCGAGCACAUCGGUGCACUUGAGACGCGGCGGAUGACCCUCCUUGAGAGACUCCGUCACGCGCAUCAUAUCCUCCCUAAGUCGCACCCCGCCCUGCAGCCGCUCCCAAUUCCCGAAUCUGUUACUGCCCGACGAAAGGGUCGAUUUAUUAGCCCAUUACCGUUGUCGAUCCCUGGUGGAGGUCUCACCCCAGAAGAGAUCGCCUUGUAUGAUGAAGGUUGUGCAGAGUAUGAUAUGAGAAUCUACGAUGUGCCAGUUUGGAGCCGCGUGUGGGACGGGGGGACAGGGUUGCCCAUCUCCGGGAUGGGGUUACCAAAAGGGCCCAUCAAGGGAAGUGGGAGGGGCGGGAGUGGAUCGUAUGGCUCAGGUGUAGGAGGUGGAGGUGGAGGAGAUGAAGAGGAUGACGAUAGCGAAGAGGAAUAGUGUUCCCGGGAUUGGUUUCUUGGUGAUGCCUCGUGGUGCAUGUGUGGAAUUGAG